UAUCAUGCGAAUGUGUAAUAAUGCUCUCUACGUUUGAAAUUGAGAACUACAUUUCGCGCCAAAAUAGUUGUACGAGUAAUAAGAGAUCUACAAACUUAUGAAUUUAUUUAUUGUGUUUGUUAUGUGUAUAAUAAAAUAAUAAGAAAAUAUGCCAUUAGUAAAGAAGCCUAUGCGUUAUGCUCAUCCCGAAGGACAUACAGAUGUUUGUUAUUAUACUGGAGAAGAGGGAGGUCUUAUUACUUGUGGUUCAGAUGGAGAUGUUAGAUCAUGGUUAAACUUAAUGGAUGAUGAUCCAGCAGCAAGUUGUAUUGCGGAACAAGCAAUAACAGUGAUAUCAAAGAAAGGGAAGAUAUAUGUAGGUAAUGAUAAUAAUACCGUUCAAAUACUUACUCAUCCAGAUCUUGAAAAAGAAGGAAUAGUAACUAGAUUUGCAGCACCAGUAUGCGCAUUAACUAGUACAGCAAAUAGUAAUUAUAUUGUAUCAGGUGGAUGUGAUAUGAGAAUACAAGUUACUAAUAUUAGUACAUCAUAUUGCAUAGAACUUGAAGGACAUGAAGCUCCUAUAUUAGGUUUAUCUUUGGAUCCAAAAGAAGAAUUUGUUGCUUCUUCUAGUGCUGAUGGCUCUAUUAGAGUUUGGAACAUUAAAGAAAAACGUGCUGUUAACAUUUGGAAUAAUGUUGUACCAAAGUGUAAUUCUUUUUUUACUGCAAAGACAUACUGUACCCCUAGUUUUCAUUGUAAAGAUGGAAGUUGCCUCGCAUAUCCACAUAAUAAAGAUAUAAUUAUCGUAGAAAGACUAACUUGGAAAGAAUCACAUAGAUUAAAAUGUCCUACUUUGAAAUCUGAAUUUAGUAUUUGCAAGUUUUCCAAUUGUGGUACAAAAUUAGCUGCUAGUACAGUAUAUGGAGAAAUUGUUGUAUGGAGCACAGAAGAUAUGGCGUUGAUAGGAAAUAUCGAACAUCCACAGAAUACUAAAAUCACUGCACUGGUGUGGAAACAUAAUAAAUCAGAUGAAAUUGCAUUCUGUGAUAUAUCAGGCCAGUUAGGCUGCAUUGAUGUGAUAGUUGAUAAUCAAUCAGAAGAUUUGCUAAAUGAUGGACUUUCAACAAAUAAUGAAAUUCGUGAAAGUACAGAAUUUCCAUUAAAUAAUAUCAAUGAUAAUGAUGAUGAUGAUGAUGACGGAGAAAAUGUAAUUAGUUUAAAUAAAAUAAAAGCAUCUGUAGAACAUGAAGAUGAUGAAAAAUCUGAUAUUAUAUUGGAGAGAAUGCAAGAUGCCGUGCAUAAUGUAAAAUCUUUUAUGCCAGAAAUACGGAUACAACCACCUUUCCAACCAGGAUCUUCACCUAUUCAUUUAUUAUCACGAUUUAUGAUAUGGAAUGACAUAGGAAUAGUAAAGUGUUUUAAUUCAGAAGAUGGAGAAGAAUCUAGUAUAGAAGUAGAAUUUCACGAUGUUACAAUUCAUCGCAGUAUGCAUAUAAAUAAUUAUUUAAAACAUACAAUUGCCUCUUUAUCAUCUUAUGCUCUUGUGUUAAAUUGUCCUUCGCUCGAAGAUAUAGCAAGCAAACUUGUUGUAGUAGUAUUACAAGGCUGGGGUUCUGGAAAUAAGGAAUGGUCGAUAGAUCUGCCAGAAGGAGAAGAGGGACAAUGCGUUACUGCAGGAGACAAUUUUAUAGCAAUUGCCACUUCUAGGAGAUACUUGAGAAUUUUUAUGAUAGGUGGAACACAACGUGAAGUUAUAGCUUUGCCAGGUCCUGUAGUUGCAAUGAAUGCAUUUACCAAUCAUCUUGUAGUUGCUUACCAUGAUGGACUAGGUAUGACUGGAGAUCAACACAUGAGUUUACUUUGCAUAAAAAUUUUUGGAACGUAUUUGAGAAAUCAAAAAUUAAGUGUUCCUCUUUCUCCAUCAUCAGAUCUUAUGUGGUUGGGAUUGUCUGAUCUUGGGUCUCCAGUUAUAAUGGAUUCAGAAGAUAUUAUAAAAAUAUAUGAUAAGAAAUCUUCUUUAUGGAAAGUUGUAUGCGAUAUGAAUAGACAGGGCAAAGGUAAAGCUGACCAUUAUUUUAUAAUUGGAGUAAGCGAGGAACGUAGUUCUGUUCGUUGCGUAUUAUGUAAAGGAAGUUACUAUCCAGCAACGACUCCACGACCGGUUAUUACUGAAAUAACUUUAACAAUUCCUCUUUGUGAGCCUGAAUCAGAAAAAACGGAGAAGGAAACAAAAUUGUGGCAAUUAGGAAGUCAACCGUUAGAUGAAAAUGAAGCAGUACUAUUUCUUAUUGCAUUGGCUUGUCGAAGUAAUUUAGAAUAUCGAGCAGUCGAAUUAUGUGAACAAAUAGCAUCACAAAAAGUAUUAGAUUUGGCGAUAAAAUAUGCAGCGCGUAUUAAUCGUACCGCAUUGAUGAAAAAAUUGGAGUCCAUCGCUGACAUUAAAGAACAACAAGAUGAACAAAAAGAAAGUAACGUAAAUCAAAAUGAUAUGGACAAUCACGAUGAGAUAAUAAUCGAGGAUGCAGAGGAAGUACUUUUAACUCCUAUAAUAACAAAGAAACCAGAUAUAGAAAUAAAACCGUUAUCUAUGAACGACACUUUAUCUUUGAGAAGAAGUAAUCCAUUUUUGAAGAAUGCGCGUUCACAAUCGACAGCAGGACUAAUUGGUCUCAAUACUGCGCAAGAAAAGCCUCAAAGAUCCGUAACAGACAAAAAUUUAUCUUCUAAAUCAAAACCAAAAAAUGAAGUAAAAAAAGAAACAUUUGUCGGGUGGUAUGCAAAACAAAAGAAACAUUUACAAGAAGAAUUUCCUAAUUAUAAACCUGCUGAAUUAACAAAGAUAGCUUUAUCAAGAUACAAAGAAAUAUCUUCCACGCAAGAUAAAGAAGAACAAUCGGAAGGAAAAAAACGCAAAUUAUCGAGUCCUGAAACGGAACAGAAUAAUCAAACAAAACGAUCGUAUAUUGAAAAAUUAAGUACUUUCGCAAACGAAAAAUAGAUCGUUAUAAAACUAUAAAAUAAUUAUUUUUAAUAUUAUUAUAAAGCGUUAAGAUAUUUUACAUA